GCGGGGCUGACGCCGGAGCCUGCGGGCCGGGAGCGGGGACCGUGCGGGGGCCCCGCAGGGUCCGGCUGGCCGAGGCCUCCCGCGGGAUGCCGUCCGGCGGGGGGAGAUAGCGGGCCCCCCGCGCCCCGGUUUGGUGGCCCCGGGACGGGGCGCGGCCCCCCUCCCCACCGUCCGCACCCGGGAUGGAGCUGGACGCGCUGGACUGGCUGCUGACCCCGCUGUCCCAGCUGGUGUCGUGGGGGGCGGCCGGGGCCAUGGUGUUCGGGGGCGUGGUCCCCUACAUCCCCCAGUACCGAGACAUCAAGAGGACGCAGAACGCGGACGGUUUCUCCACCUACGUUUGUCUGGUGCUCCUGGUGGCCAAUGUCCUGCGCAUCCUUUUCUGGUUCGGACGGCCGUUUGAGUCUCCUCUCCUGUGGCAGAGCGUCAUCAUGACGGCCACCAUGCUGCUGAUGCUCAAACUCUGCACCGACGUGCGGGUGGCCAACGACCUCAGCGGGAAGCGCCGCGCCUUCACAGCGGCAGAUAGUCAGGAUGAAGAACUCCGAGCCCCGUCCCAGCGCUCCUACCUGGAUUUCGACUUGCACCACUUCUGGCGUUGGAGCCGGUUCAGCGACUACGUGCAGUGCCUGCUGUCCUUCGCCGUGGUGGCCGGCUACCUCACGUACCUCUCUCUGGACUCCGUGCUGUUCGUGGAGACGCUGGGCUUCCUUGCGGUCUUCACCGAGGCCAUGCUCGGCCUGCCCCAGCUCUACCGGAACCACCAGAACCGGUCCACAGAGGGGAUGAGCAUCAAGAUGGUGUUGAUGUGGACCAGCGGAGACACCUUCAAGACGGUCUACUUCAUCCUGAACCAGGCCCCCUUCCAGUUCUCCGUGUGCGGGCUGCUGCAGGUCUGCGUGGACGUGGCCAUCCUGCUACAGGUCCACCUGUACGCCGCCCGCCCCCAGAAGCCGGCGGCCCACCCCGCCCACCCGGACAGUGCCAAGGCCCUGUAGGGGGCCGGGGGCCGGGGGCCGGGCCGGGCCCGUCCGCCCCGGGAAGCCGGGGGAAGCCCGUCGCGGCCCCCCGGGACCGAGGACGGAGCCGUGGACGCGGAGGUGGCGGCCGGGGGUGGGAGGGCUGCGGCUGGGUGGACGGCCCGCCGGGCCGGAGGGUCUUCCGACCUCCGCGAUGGUGCAGGGGGAUGCACCCCGUGCACGUCGGUGCACCCCGUGCUCCCGGGUGAGAGAGCGCAGAUCCGGAGCUGGUUUUCCUAUCACAAGGGCUGGAUUCUCAUUUUUUAGAUUAUUUAAAUACUCUGCACCCACCCCACGGGUGCCCCCCAGAACACUGGUACGUGGGGUCGCCUACACCCGGAGAGAGCCGUCGGCGGAGGGGAGACCCGAGGAGCCGGGCGUGUGUCGCGUUCAGGCCGGGGGCGUCUUCCCGGAACGGGCCGCAGCCCCGGAGGGAGAGGAGCCCGCGGUGGGUAGGGGGGAGGGGGGGGAGACGGCAGCGUGGGGUGGACGGGUGAGAUCGGCUGGAGCGGGACGGCCAGUAACUGUCCCUUUCUUCCCCCGUUGUGCGGUUGUCUGUGUCCGGAUUUGGCCGAGGAGAGCGAAUGCCCUCUGGAAGCCCGGCGUUGGCGAGGGGCGAGGCUUGGGGGUGGGGCCGAGUGGGCGGUGAGCUGGUGCUCCCCGCCGCUCCCCCUCACUCCCUUGCAUCCCCUCGCCCCAGCACUGGGCUAAACACAUUUUUAAGUAUUUAUAAUUGAGUCCACUGUGCUCCUUGGAUGGCGGGCAGGCGGGUCCUGGCAUUGCUCCAUCCAGAUGGGCCUGGCUGCCCAGGGCUUUGCCAGGCCACUGGGGGUGUCUCUAGUCUGUCCUCUUGGCCUUUGGUGCACCCCCAACUCGGAUUUUGCAGGGUGGGGGGGCAGGGUGUCCCAGAGAGUUCACUCCCGUGACCGCCCCCAGAAGUGGGAGGAUGUGGCCUGACUCGAUGCUUGCUGGACCGAAAGGACCGCGGGGGGCGGUGAGGGUCCAGGUGUGAGUGGGCGGGGGGAAGGCGGGACGGGGGCUUGGCGGAGCUUGGGGGGAGGGGGGCUGGACCCUCCACGGUCAAAUGUGGCCCCGGGGCUCCCUGCUCGCUUCCAGCUCAGGCGUGGCCCGAUCUGGCCUGGUCCUGGGCCCUUCUAGCCAAAGUGACCUUACGGGGACAGGGUCCGGGUCCGUAGGGGGUGGGCCGGCCGGCCCCGAAGGCUGCUCGGAGGUGCCCCGCCACCACGCCGUCCCUGGCUCUGCUCCUGCUGAGGCGGAGGGAUCUGGGAGGGUCCGGGGACUCACCCGGGAGAGCAUCGAGGCCGGUCGGUGCUCCUGGGCGAGGAGGGGCAGAGGGGCUGGGCCCGUGGGGUUGCGGGGGAAGGAAGGCGCGACAGGAUGGCGGGACGCACUCGGACCGGCCCCAGUUACGUUGAACGUUGGUAGGCCCGAGCAUUCGCGGUGGGGCUCCCUCCGCCCACGCGGUGGAAAUCGAGCCAAGCGUGAGCGUGGCCGCAUCUGGGUGAGCCUACCCACGUGCGCGGGGCCACGUCUGUGAGUACAUACGCCUGUGUGACCGUGUGUGUGUGUGUGUGUGUAUGUGUGCGUGCGCGUCUGGGUAGGUUUGAUAUGCGGGAAGGGGCCGGGCACGGGGCUGACUGCGGGUCAGGGGUCAGUGACCUUUGGCUCUUGGGAAAUUUUUGUCGACUGUGGUGACUUUUAACAAAUAAAUUAUACUAUCCAGGG